AUGCUAUACCAACAUCAACCACAUCAUCAAACAAGCGAGAGAAACAUGCUCAAGUUGUAUACAGACCUCGAAAUUCCACAGCUGAAAAUUACCUUGAAACAACCACUCGGGUUGUUCAUCAACAACGAAUUCUGUCCAUCUUCAGAUGGCAAAACGAUUGAAACCAUAAACCCUACAACGGGCGAACCUAUAACCUCCUUCCAAGCCGCCAGUGAAAAAGACGUCGACAAGGCUGUAGAGGCCGCCAGAAAUGCUUUUGAAGGUGUUUGGUCAAAGACAUCCUCUGAACAACGUGGUAUAUACCUUUCGAACCUUUUGAAGCUUAUUGAAGAGGAGCAAGAUACCCUUGCCGCUUUGGAGACUCUAGACACUGGCAAACCUUUCUAUUCCAAUUCCAAAGGUGAUUUAACACAAAUUUUGCAGCUUACUAGAUAUUUUGCCGGAUCCGCUGACAAGUUUAACAAGGGCUCGACUAUACCAUUGACUUUUGAAAGGUUCGCUUAUACUUUGAGGGUCCCAUUUGGUGUCGUUGCUCAAAUUGUCCCAUGGAAUUAUCCCCUAGCCAUGGCUUGUUGGAAACUACAAGGCGCGUUGGCUGCAGGCAACACGGUGAUCAUUAAACCUGCAGAAAACACCUCUUUGUCUCUGCUGUACUUUUCUACUUUGAUCAAGAAGGCUGGCUUUCCACCUGGUGUUGUUAAUGUUCUUCCUGGAUAUGGCUCAGUUGUAGGCCAAGCUCUGGCAUCUCACAUGGACAUCGACAAGGUUUCUUUCACGGGAAGUACAAAGAUCGGCGGGUCAGUGUUGGAGGCGUCGGGUCAAUCUAACCUUAAGGAUGUUACGCUGGAAUGUGGUGGUAAGUCUCCUGCUCUUGUUUUCGAAGAUGCUGAACUUGAUAAGGCUAUCAACUGGAUAGCAGCCGGUAUUUUCUACAAUUCAGGGCAAAAUUGUACUGCCAACUCAAGAGUUUAUGUUCAGAGUUCAAUUUACGAUACGUUCGUCAAGAAAUUCAAGGAAACCGCAAAGAAAGACUGGGAUAUUGCAGGAAACUUUGAUCCGUUCGAUAAGGAUUGUGUUGUUGGUCCAGUUAUAUCAAGUACUCAGUAUGACCGUAUCAAAGGGUUCAUCGAAAUCGGUGAAAAGGAAGAAAAGUUGAGCAGUUACCAAACUUCCGAAUUUCCAAACGGAAAAACCAAAGGCUACUUCAUCCCUCCCACAAUCUUCACUGAUGUUCCGCAGACGUCAAGGUUGUUACAGGAAGAGAUAUUCGGUCCCGUAGUGGUUGUUAGCAAAUUCGAAACCUACGAUGACGCUUUAAAACUAGCCAACGAUACCUGUUACGGACUGGCAUCUGCAGUGUUCACUAAAGACGUGAAGAAAGCACACAUGUUUGCUCGUGAUAUCAAAGCAGGGACUGUCUGGAUCAACUCAUCUAAUGAUGAAGAUGUCACGGUUCCUUUUGGCGGGUUCAAAAUGAGUGGUAUUGGUAGAGAACUAGGACAGAGUGGUGUGGAUACUUAUCUUCAAACGAAGGCAGUCCAUGUAAAUCUUUCUUCUGACAAUUAA